AUGUCGCGCAGAACAACCCUCUACGACCGGCCCCGUCCAUCGAUGGGGUUCGGGACUGUGGUCGUGAUCGGCCUCGGUGCUGGUCUGGUCGGCGUUGCAUGUAUGACACUCGGAGAGAGGCUCGAACAGGCGUUCACAAAACGCCCAAGCAGCUACGUCCCAGGGCACACCCUCGAGAAGCUGCUCGGGUAUCCGUGGCGGCCCGACAGCCAAAUAACGCACCUCAACUGGGCGAUGCACUACGGCCAGGGUGCCCUCGCCGCUGUCAUACGCGCCACCAUGUCCGUCUACGGCAUCCGGGGGCCUUUUGCUGACUUCAUGUUCACGGGGAUCCGGUUGCUGAUUGACCAGACGCUGGAGAAUUGGACGGGCGUCGGCGCGCCGCCGUGGACAUGGCCCGUGAAUGAGCAGAUUGUGGACAUAGUCCAUAAAGGCGUCUUUGCGUUUGUGACGGGUUGGGUAUGCGAUGCUUAUAUCCAAUAG